UGCCCCCCGAUGCCAUGACAGUGUCGGUUUCGCAGCCGCAGCAGCCGAUCGAAAGUGUGCACUGCAGCUCUUCCUCGCCGACACGCGGAACCACCCUCCCGCCUCCCAUCGCGCGCCCACCCGCCUCCGGAUCCGCCACCUUGGACGCAGCGGUGGCGUCGCCGUCGAUGGCGAUGGCCACCACCGCACCGAUGUCCUCGCCGCCGCCGCCGUCGUCGUCCACCCUCGUCACCGCCCCUCAGCGGGAACCGCCCGAGGCCAACCCAGCGCCAGCCCAGGGCACGCCAACGUCGGCUCUGCGCCGGCUGUACUUCAAGACGGCUCGCGCAAGCAAGGCGGCCAGGUCGGCGGCGGCCGUGAUGGGGGUGGCUGCCGCCGCCGCCGGCUCCGCGACCGUCCCGAAGGUGGUCGUGAUGGGUUCGUCCACGACCUCCGAGGCCACCAUCAACACCUCCACCGAUUCGGCCUCGACGCACCUCACCAACGUCACCACCACGACCGACACCGAGACGAACGACUCCCUGGACCUCGGAGACGCGUCUGGGCAGAGUGAACUGUUGCUCAGCUCGCUGGAGGACGAAAGCUCCAGCAUCAUCGCCCUGAGCCAGACGGACGGCAACGAGAACGAGGAAAACAUCACCCUCGUCAACGGGCCCGACACGCCAUUGUUGAUCAGCUAUCAGGAACUGGAGGAUCUCUCUCCGAAGUCGCCCAUCUUUUCGUCAUCCCGUGAGCCCUCGCCAAAGCAUGGAUCGGCUCGAACGACGGUACAGUCCGCUUCCACCCGUUUCCCCUUCGAUCCCCCAGUGUCCCCGAAAGCGCACGGAGAGAUCACGCGUGGAGAUCCGGCGUCGUACGCACGAACUCACGAAACCAUGUUCAGCUUCGACGAAUCGCCCAAUCCGGUGCGACGUCCCGUACCUCGGAUGCCGGAGCAAACUCCAGGCAAUGCCGCCGAGGCCGGCCCAGGCCAAUCGGGGCCGCCCCCGCCACCUCCAGCGGUGGUCCAACCGUCCACCGGGGAGUCAUCGUCUUCGGCAUCGACGUCCAACACCUCCACACCGAAGCGACUGAUGAACACGUUCAAGACGCGCAAGGAGCGGCUGGUGCAGCAGGCGGGCAGUGCGGUUGCGGCGGCCACUGCCGCCGUCACCUCCUCGUCCGGCGGUGGCAAGCAGUUCAAGAACCCCAACUACGAUCCCGACCUGACGAUGUUCCCCUUCGAUCGGGAGGCGAUCGACUACGAGCGCAUCCAGCGCGAGUGCUUCGCCGUUGAGGAGGAGCUCCUGUUCGAGCACGAUCGGGCCCGCCAGGACGAGCUGGCUCGGGGGGGCGGUUGUGGCGGUGGCGGCGGGGAAUCACCCUCCAAGGCGCUGUUCGAGACGGAGAUCUUCAGCGAGCACUACUCCAUCUUCCAGCAGUACGCGUACCUUUCGCAGCAGGAGCGGGACGCGCUGGAUGCGGGGCGCAGCUCCUCCUCCAGCCGACGGUCGAACCGGAAGCCGACGCCCGCCGCCGAUGCGUUCUCACCGAGACGACACCGAGCGGAACCACCGCCGAUCCCUCCGGCCGGACCGCGACUCUCCAAGUUCGACCAGAUCGCGACCAAGUUCGACAUGAUGCCGGCGAAGCUGGGCGGGGGGAGCGGGGGCGGCUGCGGCACACUUCCGGACCUGCGGGUCGACUACUUCGUCGAAACGUCGUGCUGUUCCGGCGCGGGCAUGUCGGUGUCGCCGGGCGGGGAACUCGAACCGCCAGCGUCGGGUGAGCCAACGUCGAGGGCGCGUGCGUCGUCGUCCGCCGGCACCGGGGCGCCCUCUGGCGGUGGUCUGCAGCGAUCGAUGGAAGCGGCCGGCACAGGCGCAAUGGCGUCCGGCACUAUAAAUGUUACGUCCAAUCCGAUGGAGGGAGCAGUUUGUACACAACCGCGGGCGACAAUAGUCGUACAGCAACCAUCCCUAAGCAUGGACUACACGUCCGUCGAGACGAUCCUGCUGAAGAAUGAGGGCGAAUUUAUUAGCGUCGGCGAGCAGGGAAAGGAUCUCCUGUCGGCGCAAAGUAAAAAGCAGCAGCGAGAGGAACACAUGCGGCAGUUGCUGGACGUCACCAACACACUAACAACCGAAGAGAUUAAAGAUUUCGAAAUGAGAUAUGGUAGCCCACAUCACAGUCGAUCUCAAUCGGUCAAAACUCCAGGAAGCCGUGCAUCUGGCCGUCCAAAUCAGCUAUGCUUGCCACAACAACGUUCGAGAGUGGCCUCCAUGCCCAACACCGGCGUCGAAGAGGAAUACUACAGACUGAGGCAUUUUUCAAUCACCGGAAAAGGUGUCGUCAACCGGGGCGAUUCACUAAAAAGCCGACGAAGCAAAUCAAACAACAGUGUAGCUAGCUCAAACUCGAGUACCGAACAUCUGACUCCUGCCGCCGGCGCCGUUGCCGGAUCGGCGCGAACCUCGGCCACGUGUAGCCUGGCAUCCAGUCGUGAAAGCAGCACGUCCAACCCGGCGUCGGGUCCAUACAAAGUACUGAUGCUAGGCGGCGCAGCGGUGGGAAAAAGUUCAUUAGUGUCACAAUUCAUGACCUCGGAAUAUCUGCAUGCGUACGAUACAAGCAUAGAUGACGAUUCGGGGGAGAAAACCGUUUCCGUUCUUCUCAGUGGAGAAGAAUCUGAGCUGACAUUCAUCGACCACGGCUACACAGAAAUGGCACCGGAAAACUGCAUGUCUACGUACGAUCCGCACGGCUACUGCGUGAUAUAUUCGUCGGCGGACAAGGGCAGCUUUCUGGUCGCGGAACGUAUCCUUCAAACGCUCUGGACGACGGAAAACAUUGCCCAGAAGGCUGUGAUUCUGGUGGCGAACAAGGCAGACCUCGCUCGUAGUAGAAUGGUGUCAUCCGAUGAGGGCAAAGCAAUGGCAACGCAGUACGAUUGCAAAUUUAUCGAAACAUCCGUCGGCAUCAAUCACAACGUGGACGAGUUGCUGGUGGGGUUGCUUUCGCAGAUAAGACUAAAGCUGGAAAACCCAGAAAAAUCCAGAGAUCUGUUCCGGAAACGAUCGAUCCGAAAGUCGAAACGUCGGGCCUGCUCCCCGCUCGGUGGCGCAAUCUGUCUGGCAGGUAUUGGUGGCAACACAAACCCCAGCACACCCGUGUCCGGGCCGUCGGCCAAUGGGGCCUCGGGUGGGUUUGUCGAAACGCCGACUGGAAGUGCCCAUAGCAGCCCCCGAAAAUACCGUGGCUCACGGACAUCGGCUAGCCUGAAGGUGAAAGGGUUGCUCGGACGCGUGUGGGCCCGUGACUCGAAAUCCAAGAGUUGUGAAAAUUUACACGUGCUGUAAAUUUCGCUCACUAACUCUCACU